AAAAAAGAAGGGAUAAGAUAAAUAACUAAUUAGUAAUGAAAAUAGAAAGAGCUGAGCAUAUUUAGCUAUCUAUAAAGGGAAGGGUUUCUUUCCUUUCUUGAUACGAAGCCAGCAUCCCAAUCAAGUUUUUCCCCUUUCAGUACAAAUCAAAAAUAGUGCUACAUACACUUCUCCACUAGGUUCAAGCAUAUCAAUCAACCAGUUGAAAUCAAAACCCACCAAUCAAAACCUCUCAAAUCUUGCAUGUUCGCUAACUUCCCUUUGGCUGUUUUGUGCAGCUGAAAAAUGACGAGGGCGAAGAUAAAGAUAAAGAAAAUCGACAACAUAACCGCUAGGCAAGUAACAUUUUCUAAGAGAAGGCGAGGGUUGUUCAAGAAAGCUGAAGAGCUUUCUGUUCUGUGUGAUGCUGAUGUUAGUCUCAUAGUUUUCUCAUCUACCGGGAAGCUCUUUGAUUAUAGCAGUUCCAGUAUGAAUGACAUAAUUACCAAGUAUAAUACGCAUUCCCCUGGCAUGGACAAAUUGGACAGGCCAUCACUAGAAAUGCAGCUAGAGACUGCCACCAAAUUGAGUAAGGAAAUUGCAGAGAGAACCCAAGAACUAAGUUGGAUGAAAGGCGAUGAUCUUCAAGGACUAAGCCUAAAUGAGUUGCAGCAACUGGAGAAAAAACUUGAAAGUGGACUCGACCGUGUGAUUGAGAUAAAGGAAAAGCAGAUGAUGGGUCAGAUUUCUGAACUUCAGAAAAAGGGAAUCGUGUUGGAAGAAGAGAAUAAGCAUUUAAAGAAAAAGCUAGCGGAGACGGAGAUGGAGGCUGUGCUGCGUAAAGCAACAAUGCAUUUUUUGAUGGAGUCAAACAUGGGAAUGCAAGAAGAAGGUGUUUCAUUAGAGUCUACAAACAACGUUAGCAGUUGCAUCAGUGACCCUCCUCUUGAAGAUGGUUCCUCGGACACAUCUCUCAAGUUAGGGUUACCCUUCUCUAACUGAAGAUAUGUAACAUGGUGAAUGAGCCAUGUUCGGCUUCAAGUUUGUAAGAAUUUCUCUUGAAAUCUGUAACCACUUGUUUUUCUUGAAUAUUUCGCAAGUGAGAAAUGUAUGGUUAGCUAUCAAAAAUCAAUGAAAUAUAUAUAUAUAUUUUAAUAAUAUAUAAAUUACGAUAUCUUUUUAUCUGUAUUAA